ACAGCUUUCCCUGAACUCAAACCAGAAACUGAAAAUCUAAAUGCAUGGUUCGGUUCCAAACACUGCUAAACACACCCUCCCUCUCCAAAAAGAACCACCACCAAUGUUUCCUCUCUCUCCUCAACUCAUGUCGUUCAAUCGACCAACUCCAUCAACUCCAAUCACAAAUCCACCUCAACUCCCUUCACAACAACACUCACUUGUUCUCACAACUCGUUUACCUUUUCUCCCUCUCUCCCUUCAAAAACCUCACCCAAGCGCAUAAACUCGUUUUUCAUUUCUCCAACAACAACCCAUCACCCAUUUCAUGGAACAUUCUCAUCAGAGGCUAUGCAUCAAGUGAUUCACCCAUUGAAUCCAUCUGGGUGUUCAAGAAAAUGCGUGAAAAUGCUGUUAAACCUAAUAAACUUACUUUCCCUUUUGUUUUCAAGUCUUGUGCUAUGGCUGAUAGGUUUUUUGAAGGAAUGCAGGUUCAUGCUGAUGCUUUUAAGUUUGGUUUGGAUUCUGAUGUUUAUGUUUGUAACAAUUUGAUUAAUUUUUAUGGCUGUUGUAAGAAAAUUGUGCAAGCGCGUAAGGUGUUUGAUGAAAUGCCGGAAAGAACUGUUGUUUCUUGGAACUCGGUUAUGACUGCUUGUGUUGAGAGUGAUUGGUUGAGUGAUGGAAUUGGGUAUUUUUUUGAGAUGAGGGGUUGUGGGUUUGAGCCGGACGAGACAAGUAUGGUGUUGUUGUUAUCGGCUUGUGGCGAGUUAGGUUAUCUGAGCCUUGGAAGAUGGGUUCAUUCUCAAUUGAUUUUGAGAGGGAUGUUUUUGAGUUGUCAGUUAGGUACUGCUCUUGUUGAUAUGUAUGCUAAGUCGGGUGCUUUGGGUUAUGCUAGGUUUGUUUUUGAGAGAAUGGAGAAGAGAAAUGUGUGGACUUGGAGUGCAAUGAUAAUGGGGCUAGCACAGCAUGGUUAUGCUGAGGAAGCUCUUGUAUUGUUUGAGAUGAUGAGUGAUAAAAAAAGUAGUAAUGUAUGUCCCAAUUAUGUGACCUAUCUUGGUGUUCUAUGUGCCUGCAGCCAUGCUGGGAUGGUUGAUGAAGGUUACCGAUAUUUUCGUGAUAUGGAAUUUGUUCAUGGGAUUAAACCUAUGAUGGUGCAUUAUGGUGCCAUGGUUGAUGUAUUAGGCCGGGCCGGCCGCCUUACAGAAGCUUAUAGCUUUAUAGAGACAAUGCCCUUUGCACCUGACCCGGUUGUGUUGAGGACUUUGUUAAGUGCAUGCAGUGUUCAUGAUGUUUGUGACCGUUCGGGGAUAGGGGAUAAAGUAAGGAAGAGGUUGCUUGGAAUGGAGCCUAAGAGGGGAGGGAAUUUAGUUAUUGUUGCUAACAUGUAUGCUGAAGUAGGAAAGUGGGAGAAAGCCGCGAAUGUGAGGAGGGUGAUGAGAGAUGGAGGGUUGAAGAAGAUGGCCGGAGAGAGUUGUGUUGAUUUGGGUGGUUCCAUGUAUAGGUUCUUUGCUGGGUAUGAUCCUUGCCCGCAUUUGUUGCCUGUGUAUGAUAUUCUAGAUGUAUUGAACCUGCACUUGAAGAUGGUUCACUAAUUGUUGAAGAAGUUGCUUUCAAUUUAUUCUACUUGGUAUUAGUGUUGGCAAUCAUGGAUCUCAGAAAGUGUGGUUUUUGUUCAAAUUCCGCUACACAACAGUUCUAUAGCGACAAUUUGACACUAUUUUGUACUGAAAUAGCGUAUCAUGAAACACUAGGGAUUUGUUCAAAUUUCACUACGUUAUCACACUACGGUGCCGCCAUAGUUGCUAUUUAACAACAUUGUUUGAUACCAAACUUGAAAAUUUGAAAUUAGAAUAGGACAAUUGAUAACUUAUUUUUGACAUUUUAUAGGUAUACUGUUGGUUAUUUUUUCAAGUCACCAUUUAUUUGUAUAUGGUAUUGUAGGAUUUUUUUUAACAUUUAUCAGGUAUGUUUUAUGGCUA